AUGGAGUGGAUCUGCGCGUCCACAGGUACUUCUUCCGGCUUCGGAAAGCGUCUCGUUGCCAGCGUUCUCGCUCGUGGAGACUGCGUUAUUGCGACUGCCCGCAACGUCGAGAAGCUUGCAACUGUAUUCCCCAACCCCGAUCGCACGCGCCUGAGGCUCGUGCAACUCGACAUCUCGGACCCGAACGAAGUCAUCCAGCAGCGCGUCAAGGAGGCCCUUGGCGCCUGGGGUCGGAUAGACGUCGUCGUCAACAACGCCGGCUACGGCGUUAAGGCCAUCCUCGAAGAAGGAGGGGCCCUCGCCGCGCUCACUCAGUUCCAAACCAACAUUUUCGGUGUGCUCAACGUCACCAACGCCGUCCUUCCGCAUAUGCGUGAACGCCGCGCUGGCACUGUUGUCAUGAUCGGCUCCCGCUCCGCGUGGCGCGCAGAGGCUUCGCCCAGCGGCCCCUACGCCGCGUCGAAAGCCGCCCUUCACGCGAUUGGCGAAACCUACGCGACCGAGCUCCGUCCCUUCGGCGUGCGCGUCCUCAUCGUCGCCCCCGGCGCCUUCCGCACCGAGGGCGUGCACGCGUACCCGGCCACGAUCAACACCCACAUCCCCGCCUACGACGCCGCGCGCAACGCGGGCAUGGAGCGCUUCGCGAGCAUCGCGGGCCACGAGUCCGGCGACCCCGCGCGCGCGAUGGAGCUCGUCGUCGACGUCGUCAAGGGCGAGGGCCGCGCGCAGGGCCGCGAGUGGCCGCUGUGGCUCGUGCUCGGGCGCGACGCGUACGUGGACGUGCGGGCGAAGACGCAGCGGCUGCUGGACACGAUGAACGCGUGGGAGGACGUCGCGACGGACCUCGACUUCGAGGCGUGCUGA